GAGCUGCCUCCAUCCAUGGCACGGAGCGGCGGCGGCGGCGGCGGCAGGAGCCGGGCGCGAUCCGCUAGGUCCCAGCCCGGCGCUGAGCGAGCAAGGGGCGCGGAGGGGUCGGGCCUCCGUCGGCCCCCGAGCACAGCGCGGAGCCUCGGGCCGCGCCGCCCGGGGCCGCCUGCGCGGCGCUGACAGCGGCGCCGGCGUCCUCCCCGCCGGGGCACUCGCCGGACAUGCCCCCGGGGCGCGGCGGCGGGGACCCCGGGGCUCGCCUCCGCCCAGGGCCCCCCGCCCCGCCCUCGGGCGCCCUGGGCCCCCGCUGAGCACGCCUCCAGCACGCCCGGGUCCCUCCGGCCGGCGCGCAGCCGGGCCCCAGCGCUGUGGGUCCCCGCGGGGCGAUGGGUUGAUGGGCGCCGGGGGACGCAGGAUGCUGGGGGCGCCGGGGCGCCUGCUGCUGCCGCUGCUGCCGUGGCUGCUGCUGCUCCUGGCGCCCGAGACUCGGGGGGCGCCCGGCUGUCCGGUGCCCAUCCGCAGCUGCAAGUGCUCGGGGGAGCGGCCCAAGGGGCUGAGCAGCAGCGCCCCCAACCCGGCGCGCAGGAGGGUGGUGUGCGGCGGCGGGGACCUCCCGGAGCCUCCCGAGCCCGGCCUUCUGCCUAACGGCACCGUCACCCUACUCCUGAGCAACAACAAGAUUACAGGGCUCCGAAACGGAUCCUUCCUGGGACUGUACCUGCUGGAGAAGCUGGACCUGAGGAGCAACAUCAUCAGCACGGUGCAGCCCGGGGCUUUCCUGGGCCUGGGAGAGCUGAGGCGCUUAGAUCUCUCCAACAACCGGAUUGGCUGCCUCACCUCUGAGACCUUCCAAGGCCUCCCCAGGCUUCUCCGACUAAACAUAUCUGGAAACAUCUUCUCCAGUCUGCAGCCAGGGGUCUUUGAUGAGCUGCCAGCCCUUAAGGUUGUGGACUUCGGCACAGAGUUCUUGACCUGUGACUGCCACCUUCGCUGGCUGUUGCCCUGGGCCCAGAACCACUCCCUGCAGCUGUCGGAACACACACUCUGUGCCUACCCCCGUGCACUGCACACCCAGGCCCUGGGCAGCCUCCAGGAGGCCCAGCUGCGCUGUGAGGGGGCCCUGGAGCUGCACACCCACCACCUCAUCCCAUCCCUGCGCCAAGUGGUGUUCCAGGGUGACCGGCUGCCCUUCCAGUGCUCUGCCAGCUACCUGGGCAACGACACUCGCAUCCGCUGGUACCACAACCGGGCCGCUGUGGAGGGUGAUGAGCAGGCGGGAGUGCUGCUGGCAGACAGCCUGGUCCACGACUGCACCUUCAUCACCAGCGAGCUGACCCUGUCUCAUAUCGGCGUGUGGGCCUCAGGCGAGUGGGAGUGCUCCGUGUCCACCAUCCAGGGCAACGCCAGCAAGAAGGUGGAGAUUGUGGUGCUGGAGACCUCAGCCUCCUACUGCCCUGCAGAACGCGUGGCCAACAACCGCGGGGACUUCAGGUGGCCUCGAACUCUGGCUGGCAUCACAGCCUACCAGUCCUGCCUGCAGUAUCCGUUUACCUCAGUGCCCCUGAGUGGGGGUGCUCCAGGCACCCGAGCCUCCCGCCGGUGUGACCGAGCUGGCCGCUGGGAGCCAGGGGACUAUUCCCACUGCCUGUACACCAACGACAUCACCAGGGUGCUCUACACCUUCGUGUUGAUGCCCAUCAAUGCAUCCAACGCGCUGACCCUGGCCCACCAGCUGCGCGUUUACACAGCCGAGGCUGCCAGCUUUUCAGAUACGAUGGAUGUAGUUUAUGUGGCCCAGAUGAUACAGAAGUUUUUGGGUUAUGUUGACCAGAUCAAAGAGCUGGCAGAGGUGAUGGUGGAUAUGGCCAGCAACCUGAUGCUGGUGGCUGAGCACCUGCUGUGGCUGGCCCAGCGCGAGGACAAGGCCUGCAGCCGUAUCGUGGGUGCCCUGGAGCGCAUUGGGGGAGCUGCCCUCAGCCCUCACGCCCAGCACAUCUCUGUGAAUGCGAGGAAUGUGGCCCUGGAGGCCUACCUCAUAAAGCCACACAGCUACGUGGGACUCACUUGCACAGCCUUCCAGAGGAGGGAAGCAGGGGCACCGGGCACCCUGCCAGGCAGCCCUGGCCAGAACCUCCCAGCCGAGCCCGAGCCCCUAACUGAUCAGCAGCUCCGCUUCCGUUGUACCACCGGGAGGCCCAACGUAUCCCUGUCAUCCUUCCACAUCAAGAACAGCGUGGCCCUGGCCUCCAUCCAGCUGCCCCCCAGCCUGUUCUCAUCCCUUCCGGCUGCCUUGGCCCCCCCAGUUCCCCCAGACUGCACCCUGCAACUACUCAUCUUCCGAAAUGGCCGCCUCUUCCGCAGCCAUGGCAACACCUCCCGCCCUGGAGCUGGGCCUGGCAAGAGGCGUGGAGUGGCCACCCCUGUCAUCUUUGCAGGAACCAGUGGCUGCGGCGUGGGAAACCUGACAGAACCGGUGGCUGUUUCCCUGCGGCACUGGGCUGAGGGGGCUGAACCCAUGGCCGCUUGGUGGAGCCAGGAGGGGCCCGGGGGAGCCGGGGGCUGGAGCUCCGAGGGCUGCCAGCUCCGCUCCAGCCAGCCCAAUGUCAGCUCCCUGCACUGCCAGCACCUGGGCAAUGUGGCUGUGCUCAUGGAGCUGAGUGCCUUCCCCCGGGAGGAGGGUGGCUCAGGGGCAGGGCUGCACCCUGCUGUGUACCCCUGCACAGCCCUGCUGCUGCUCUGCCUCUUCUCCACCAUCAUCACCUAUAUCCUCAACCACAGCUCUAUCCAUGUGUCCCGGAAGGGCUGGCACAUGCUGCUGAACCUGUGUUUCCACAUGGCCAUGACCUCUGCCGUCUUUGCGGGGGGCAUCACACUCACCAACUACCAGAUGGUCUGCCAGGCGGUGGGCAUCACCCUGCACUACUCUUCAUUGUCCACACUGCUCUGGAUGGGUGUGAAGGCCCGAGUCCUCCACAAGGAGCUCACCUGGAGGGCGCCCCCUCCACAAGAAGGGGACCCUGCCCCACCUACUCCGCGUCCCAUGCUCCGGUUCUAUUUGAUUGCUGGAGGGAUCCCGCUCAUUAUCUGUGGCAUCACAGCUGCUGUCAAUAUCCAAAACUACAGGGACCACAGUCCCUACUGCUGGCUGGUGUGGCGUCCAAGCCUAGGAGCCUUCUACAUCCCGGUGGCUUUGAUUCUGCUAGUCACCUGGAUGUAUUUCUUGUGCGCAGGGCUGCGCUUACGGGGUCCCCUGGCACAGAGUUCAAAGGGGGGCAACAGCAGGGACUCCCUGGAGCCAGGGGAGGAGCUGAGGGGUCCCACCCGGCUCCGGAGCAGCGGCCCCCUCCUGAGUGACUCAGGUUCCCUUCUGGCAACUGGGAGUGCAGGCAUGGUGACGCCCGGGCCCCCCGAUGAUGGUGACGGCGUCUAUUCUCCGGGCGUCCAACUGGGGGCGCUGGUAACCACGCAUUUCCUGUACUUGGCCAUGUGGGUCUGCGGAGCACUGGCCGUGUCCCAGCGCUGGCUGCCCCGGGUGGUGUGCAGCUGUCUGUAUGGCGUGGCGGCCUCCGCCCUGGGCCUCUUCGUGUUCACCCACCACUGUGCCAGGCGUAGGGAUGUGAGGGCCUCCUGGCGCGCUUGCAGCCCGCCUGCCUCGCCCUCGGCCUCCCACGCCCCACCGCGGGCCCAGCCAGCCGCCUCAGAGGAUGGCUCCCCCGAGUUCGGGGAAGGGCCCCCCUCCCUCAAGUCUUCCCCGAGCGGCAGCAGAGGCCCCGCGCUGCCCCCAGGCCUCUGCAAGCUCACCAACCUGCAGCUGGCGCAGAGCCAGGUGUGCGAGGCCGGGGCGGUGGCCCGCAAGGAAGGGGAGCCGGAAGCCGCGGGACCCCGGGGGGGCCUGGCUUCUCGCCACCCCAACAACCUCCACCAGGGGCGUCGGGCGCACAAGAGUCGGGCCAAGGGGCACCGCGCCGGGGAGGCCGUCGGCAAGAACCGCCUGAAGCCCCCGCGCGGCGGUGCGGCGGCCGGGGCCCCCGAGUUGCCGUCCAGCGAGAGCGGCAGCCUACACUACAGCCCGAGCGACAGCUACGCGGGCAGCAGCGGCCACCCGCUCGAAGGCGAGCCCAUGCUCACGCCCUCCGAGGGCAGCGACACCAGCGCCGCGCCGCUCCCGGAGGCGGGCCGGCCGGGCCAGCGCCGCAGCGCCAGUCGCGACAACCUCAAGGGCGGCGGCGGCGGCGCGCUGGAGGAAAGCAAGCGCCGCUCGUACCCGCUCAACAGCGCGGGCCUCAACGGCGCCCCCAAGGGGGGCAAGUACGACGACGUCAACGCGGGGGGCGCCGAGGCGGCCGGCGGCGCCUGCAUGAAGACUGGCCUCUGGAAGAGCGAGACCACCGUCUAAAGCGGGGCGGGCGACGCUGUAAGACAGGCUGGACACACGGGCUCGUUACCCUCAGCGAUUCCGAGGCCCUCAAAGACGUCGCUCGGUACGUCAAGUGUGAGGUGGCGGUGCCCAAGGCUGCACCUAGGUUGGCCAGCAUUAUCCCCGACGCUGGGGAAAGGAGAUAGGCAGAUAUUUGCCACUUACCUAGAGGGUAUCCCUCUGGGCAACCACAGACAAUCCCAGAAACAGGCAUGAUACGUUUCCGUCCAGCCCAGGCCAGUUCUGACAGACCAGAUUACUGGGUCCUCCCAGGCAGGGGUGAGUCCUAUGUGGGGUAACCCUCAACCAGAGUGAAAGGGCACAGCACAGCCCACGUGGGCCCUCCCCUAGUGUAUUACCACUCCUGGCCACGCUGCGCCUCGCUGGUGGACAUCAGCCCUGCCAGGAAAUCACAGGGGGGAGCUUCAGAACCGUGCUCUUCUCUCCGUCCCCUGCUGAAGUCUGCCCAGUCCAAUGCCCAAAUCCCAAGUCCUCUCUCCUCUUGGGUUUGGCUGACAGGAGAGCCAGCCUAGCAGAUGAGUCAGGUGACCAGGACAGAUGGGUCCCCUUCUGUCAUCUUCUCCAACCAACUAUGCCAGAGGGGAAGGACCAGAACUGUGAAAGGCAGCCUUUGAAAUCCCCUGGGGGAGGAGACAGGGGAGUACAGCUAGGGAUAAAGCCACCAUUCCCAUAGGAGUGGUAUUCAGACGGCACAGCAGGGCUCAGAGGUGGCACACCAGAACAUCUAGGCCCUGUACCUUAGAAGCUGAGUCUGCCAGGUGUCUGUCAGGUGAUCUGAAGGAAGUAGAAGGAGCUGGUACUUGGAACUAGGGCAUAAUCUAGUCAUGCCUAAACCUAGUCCUAUCAACAAUGCUCUGAAGAGUGGGAGCCACCAUAGUAGGCUGCAGGUGGCGUUUGGAUAAGCACUUACUCUUCUAUAACAAGAUCCAUCUCCCCAUCCCAGCCUCCCAUCACUAAGGGACUAAUGAAAGCACUUCCUUGCCUCUGUGAGGCCUUAUGGAAAAACCAUCCCAAUUAUUUUAAUCUCUAGCUCCACAGUAGGGAGAAACCUCUGCAAAGUCAAAACAGCCUCCUGACUCAGACCCCAAGCUGAGACCUGAGGCAGUGGCUAGGGUCCCUGCACAUUGUCAAAGGCCUGUGCCUUCACUACUAUUAAACACCAGCACCUAUAUUCUCCCCCAACCUAAGAAACCAAGACCAGCCUUUUACUACACAACUGAAUGGAAGUGGAGGGAACCUUGGGUCUUAGGAAGAGCAACAGGAAGCCCAAGUCUGGUCUAGGUCCCCUCCCAGUCUUCAUGUCACCCCAGCCUGCUCACCAAGGUGAAAGGAGACACAGGAGGGGAGAAAACUCACACUCCCAGGGAUGAGUCCUGUUAUUUAUGCUUGCUGCACAGACAAUAUUAGAAGGAAAAAAAAAAAAGCUUUGUAUUAUUCUUCCACAUAUGCCAGCUGCUGUUUACAUACCCUGCCAAUGCCUUAGCACUGGAGAGCUUUUGCAAUACGCUGGGGAAAGGGAAGGGAGGGAAUGAAAAGUGCCAAAGAAAACACGUUUUUAAGAGCUUGGGUUUUAUACAAUAGAAUGUUUUCUAGCAGAUGCCUCUUGUUUUAAUAUAUUAAAAUUUUGCAAAGCCCUUGAGC